AUGGCGCCCCGUAUCAAUCUUUUCACCGCGAGAAAUGUUCUCCGCCAACAGUACCAGUCGCUCACCAUAACAUCUCGCCAGGGCACACAAUCUCCCAUCAAUUUGUGCAGUGGAUGGUCUUCAUAUAUGAAACAAAAUUCCCAACGGUUAUACUCAUCAAAGUCAGAGAAGAAUAUCCCUGAACAAUCUGAGCAGCCAAAGGGCCCUACUCAAGAUGUGCUACCUCAUGUUAGUCAGGAGGCCGAAGCCAUUGAUAAGAUUAUGCAUGGGAAGAAGUGUGAUGGAAACGCACCUGGCUCACCGGAAUUGGAGCAGGGUACGCCGAUUGACGAGAUUAUGAAAAGAGACGCAGACGCCCUGAAAUACGCACCCAAGGUGAUCCGAGACGAGGCAGCCAAGAAAGGAACACGCUCGUAUUCUACAUCAGCACGACUCUUUCAAGAAGCCACACAACAACCUACCAGAGCCGAGGACCCAUCGAUAGCUACUGUCGCAAGCAUGAUCGAUCUCGCAACGGAACGAGCCGCCGAGAACCUCCCAGGCCUAAAAUUUGGCAUGCCGGCACCUCUACCCAAGACGGAGAAUUACAAGAGUCGAUAUGACCCUGUUGUUGAGCAGUUCACGAAAUUGCUUAUGGAGGAUGGGAAGCUCAGUCGUGCUCAGAAGGAUAUGGAGUUCAUUCUCGACACUCUUCGCACAUCUGCUCCCCCCAAAAUCGACCCCAGACGACGCCUUCUUACAUCUUUGCCCAGUCCUCAGCUCCCUCUCAACCCAGUGAUAUACCUCAACCUGCUCGUCGAUUCCGUCGCCCCCCUAAUCAAAAUCCGUCAACAGAAAGGUCUCGCUGGUGGUGGUGCCUCAGUGCCCAUGCCCGUCCCGCUCGCAAUGCGCCAGAGACGCCGAACAGCCAUCCGCUGGAUCUUAGAGGCUGCAGAGAAGCGAAAGGAUAGCAAGUUGGCUGUUCGUGUUGCCAAUGAGCUUCUUGCUGUUGCGGAGGGCCGAAGCGGUGUGUGGGAGAAGAGGGAGCAUGUUCAUAAGAUUGGUGUUGCCGUCGUUUUGUGCUCCAACACUUCCACCAUCAGAAGUUCGGAUCGGGUCCCGUUUGCAAUCAACGCGGCCGUGGCGUCUCAGAACAUCGAGCUCGUUUCGCUCGAGGCUGGUCCUUCCUCUUCUUCUACUCGAGAUACUCAGAUAGCUCGACCUCUUACUGAGCGAGUCACACCACACACCACCUCGACGACUCAAGGUUGUACAGCGGCAGGGCUCAAUUCCGGAUUUGUCUCACAUGACGAUACAGCUAGCAUUCUCAGCGGAAGUCAAGAUCACGAGGGAACUGGGCUUUUGCAGACACAGCCCGAGUAUUUAAAUCGGGUGCAGCAACCACAAAACAUCAACGACGAGAAGCCUACCGGUUUACGAACUCAUAUUCUCUGGGCGAAAGCUCUUGAUAAGCGACAUCGUCACCUCGAGAAAUCCCCUGUCCGAUACGACCCCGCCAAUAUGAAGUUCUCUCAUAGUCUGCAAUUCAACUCGGUCCCGGACUGGAGUACUCAUUAUAUUGCAUAUGACAACCUCAAGAAAUUAAUUUACAACCUCGAGAAACAAGUACACCACCCCGACAGCCAUGGCGCGGUUGACUCCGAGUCCUCCCCACUUCUCGACACAUCAGUCGAUACGGACACUAUUUUCCGACGAGCUCUAGACGCGGAGAUGGAGAAAAUCUGCUCGUUCUACCGGAUUAAAGAACUCACUAUCUUCGGCGAAGUUGAGGAUGUCCUCAAGGAGCUAGCUCAAUAUAAAGCCAGUACGGAUGGAUUGGGUAUGGAACCUGUGACUGAAGCGGUGACUAAAUCUCGAACAUUGAGUAUUGGCUCAAGGCCACGAACGGGGAGUAUUCUACACUCCUUGGGCUUGGGUCUGAAUCGGCGCGAGAGUACGAUUAGUGAUUCGAUAGGUGACGAGGAGGACGAUGACGAGGAUGACCACGACAGUGACGAUCCUGAAUCACCUGUAGAAGAGAGUCGAAGACCUGGAUCUCGGAGACGAUCUCGGGAUGUUGCCGGUGGUGAUAGAUCUGAUGGGUACCCAAGCGACAUGGGAGACUCCCGAUUAUGGAAUCUUGGUAACUCGCGACAAGAAGAGGAGCAACAUGAUCAACAUGUGUUGGAUCUUUAUAACGCGGGUGUUGCUUUGAAGAAACGGGUGAUUAGCGUCUAUGUUUCGCUGUGCGAAUUGAAAUCGUACAUACUACUCAACAAAACGGGUUUCUCCAAGGCAUUGAAAAAAUACGACAAGAUCUUGGAUCGCAAUCUACGACGGGCCUAUAUCAAUGGCACUGUUUCGCCGGCUUAUCCUUUUACAGAUGCAACAGCAGAGCAUCUAGAUGAAAACAUUUGCCAUAUGGAACAGGUCUAUGCUGAGAUUGUGACCAGGGGCGAUUUGGCACUCGCAAGGAGAGAGCUCCGGCUUCAUCUGCGAGAGCACGUCGUCUGGGAGAGGAACACGGUCUGGAGAGAAAUGAUUGGUAUUGAGCGUAAAGCGCAAGCAGCGAAUAUGGGAAUUCGUCGUACGUUGCUUGGCGGUGACCACGAUCCGUCAACGGCACAGCGUCAAGGCGAUAUCGAAAGUAGAGGCAAAGAAAUCAAGACACCUCUUGGCCGUUGGUACUUUCCUGAAUGGGUGUGCAGUUUAUCUUUCUUUUCAUUGGUUGGAAUUAUGAUAAUAUUUGCCGUCUUGCUCUCGGUGCCAAUCAUGGAGAAACCCGAGCAGCAGAAUUGUUUGGCGAUGCUGGUUUUUGUCAGUCUUCUGUGGGCGACUGAGGUCAUUCCGUUGUUUGUCACGUCACUGUUGAUUCCGUUCUUGGUUGUGAUACUUCGUGUUAUGCGAUCAGAAGAAAAACCACAUGCACGAUUGGCGCCAGAUGCAGCUACCAAAGCUGUCUUUGCAUCAAUGUGGACAUCCGUCAUUAUGCUACUGCUUGGAGGUUUUACCAUUGCUGCGGCGUUGUCCAAGUAUGACAUUGCUCGUCGAAUGGCUACGUUUGUAUUGAGCAGAGCAGGAACGAGUCCUCGCAUUGUUCUGAUUACGAAUAUGUUCGUCAGUAUGUUUUUGAGCAUGUGGAUCAGCAACGUCGCCGCUCCAGUGCUAUGCUACUCGAUUAUCCAGCCGCUAUUGCGCAACCUGCCUCCAGAGUCCAACUUUUCAAAAGCACUCAUUCUGGGAAUUGCCUUGGCAGCAAAUGUUGGAGGUGCGGCUUCACCAAUCGCAUCACCACAGAACAUCAUUGCCUUGGAAAACAUGUACCCAGCAAUCAGCUGGGGAACAUGGUUCUUCAUCUCAAUACCCGUGUGCAUUCUUUGCAUCCUAGCAAUCUGGAUUAUACUCCUGGUUACAUUUAACCCCGGCCGCGGCACAACAAUUGUCCCCAUCCGGCCCGUCAAAGACAGCUUCACCGGCACACAAUGGUUCGUCACCCUCACGACCCUCAUCACAAUCGUCCUUUGGUGCUUCAGCCACCAACUCGACACCGUCUUUGGCGACAUGGGCGUAAUCGCCAUUAUCCCCAUGGUCCUUUUCUUUGGCAGCGGUAUCUUGACAAAGGAAGACUUUAACAAUUUCCUCUGGACCAUCAUCAUUCUCGCCGCGGGCGGACUGGUGCUUGGAAAGGCUGUUACAUCUUCGGGAUUACUGCAUACUAUUGCAGGAGCGAUCACUGAACGAGUCGCCCACUUCAGUCUGUACGGUGUCUUACUCGUGUUUUCCUCAUUGAUCCUCGUCAUGGCGACGUUCAUUUCGCACACCGUUGCGGCAUUGAUUGUCCUCCCGCUCGUGCAACAAGUAGGCGUUGGAAUGGAAAACCCUCACCCGAAUCUGCUCGUUAUGACGAGCGCGUUGAUGUGUUCUGUUGCAAUGGGCCUGCCUACCAGCGGGUUUCCUAAUAUGACGGCUAUCAUGAUGGAAAUCCCUGGAACAGGACAACGAUACCUUCGCGUCAGCCACUUCCUUACACGGGGUGUACCAGGUAGUCUUGUUUCAUUUGUAAUUGUCGUGACGGUUGGGUAUGUUUUGAUGAGUAUAGCUGGCUUGUAA